GCUGCUGGUGCGGCAGUUGAAAAAGAGCCGGUAGCCUGUGAAACAGUGAGGAGCAGUGAUGGAGGACAGGGGGAUCUCUUACCAGUAAAGGAGGUGACCCCCGUCGAAAUCAGUUUGGUGAAGUGUGGGAAUCGCUGACACCGGGAGCUGCCGCGUGAGUGAGGAGAGACUACAGUCCAGGAUGGAUAGCGCCUUACCUCUCUCUGCCAGCACUGAUUGCAUAGGAGGCCAGGAGAGUGAAAGUGUGGAGGGCUGGAGCACUGGUCAAGCAAGUCGAUCCUCCAAAUUCAGCGGCUGGUAGAAGUAGGGACAGCCUCCCUGAGGAAUCGAAGGGGCUAGGCUACAGCACAGACCCAUAGACCCAAAUUCGGUGUGGUAUGACUGGUCGUAUGGAGAGAGCUGGAAAAGAGAACAGUCCCACAGAGUCAAGAGCUUUGGUCCCCAACAAUCAAGCCACAUGAACUUCCUGAGGAAACAGAAGAUGACAUAUUCAUUUUACAUAGGGCUGUUUCUAGCCAAUUUGGCUCACAGAUUCAACAAUGGAGACAGAAGCCAGGAGAAACAUCCAUGCCCUGAGUAAGGAACCACACACCUGAACCUGCACAAGCCGCUCCCUAAGCACUGAGCACUCGCAGCAGCCAGACCGUUAAACUCUGAGGAAGGGCAAUGAGAAGAUCACUUGCUAGAUACUGUUUAAAGUACAGUAGCAGAACAUGUCCUUCUACUGUAUCUGAUAAGCAGCCACUGCUGUGCUGUCAUCACUGUGUCAACAUGAGGCGAUCCUCUUUCAUGAUAGAGAGCUUACUCCUUCUCUGUGUGGGUUUUGCUGGCCUUCUGUUUAUUAUGCAGGGUAAUGAAGAUGAGACGCCUGCUGUGGAAAAAUUGGAACAUCAGCCUGUUCUUGAUCACAGGCUUACCGUUGCCCCGGCUGAGCUUAAAAAACUUGAGUGGGUGUCUAGAUGCAAGGUAAACACAUCAGUAGAAAGUAUUGCUGGGUUUUUUAAACUACCUGCACACAUCCAGGAUUUCUUGAGAUAUAGACAUUGCAGGAGCUUUCCACAGAUCCUUAACUCACCAAGGAAGUGUGGAAGUGCAGCAGCAUCUAAAGGAGUUUUCUUGCUUCUUGCCAUUAAGUCUUCUCCAGGGAAUUAUGAAAGGAGAACCAUCAUUCGUCAAACAUGGGGGGAGCAGAACAGCUAUGAAGGUGCCCAAGUCAGACGGAUUUUCCUUUCCGGAACUUCCAAGAAUAUGCGUGAAGACAAACACUUGAGGCAACUUCUGAGAAUUGAGAGUAAAACAUAUGGGGAUAUCCUUCAGUGGGACUUCCAUGACACCUUUUUCAACCUCACCCUAAAGCAGUUGCUUUUCUAUCAGUGGUUUAAUGAUUACUGCCCUGGAGCUCAGUUCAUUUUCAAUGGAGAUGAUGAUGUAUUUGUCAACACCUUUAAUGUAGUCACUUACCUACGGGGAAUGGGAAAGCAUGGAGCAUACAAACACCUCUUUGUAGGACAGCUUAUUGCCAAUGUUGGACCUAUUCGUGAAUCUGGAAGCAAAUAUUAUGUCCCUGUACAGGUUACCACAACCAAAUCCUAUCCAAUGUACUGUGGAGGCGGAGGAAUACUUAUGUCUGGAUAUACUGCCCAUGUCAUACACAAUAAGUCUGAGGAUAUCCAGUUGUUCCCUAUUGAUGAUGUGUACUUGGGCAUGUGUUUGGCAAAGGCUGGCCUGGUACCAGCCUCUCACAUGGGUAUGAGGACAGUAGGAGUGCAUGUGCCUUCUGCUAAAUUGGACUCAUUCAAUCCUUGCUAUUAUAGAGAACUUUUAAUGGUACAUCGUUUUGUACCUUACCAGAUGCUGGUCAUGUGGAAUGCUGUUCAAGACCCUAAACUGGACUGUGGCCAGAAACUGUCUGUAAAUAUUGGCAUGUAAUAGAAUUGAACUAAUGUUAACCAAAGACUUACAGCCAUUUAAUAUACUGUAUAGCUGACAAACAGUUAAUAGUAAUUACUACUAUAUAAGGCAGACAUUCCCAACUGGGUACACUCUAGGCCAACGUAUCGGCUGUCCGGCUGGUCCGCCGACCUAUCUGACAAACGGUAAGUGCAUACACACUUACCGAUUAUUGGCGUGAUGUGUUUUGCCAGACAUCACAACCGGACAGUCAGUCACCAUCAGCCACUGCAGCAAGUGUACGGUAUGUCUGCAGAUAUAUUGGCCAUCAGCUGUGCUGCAGGGGCAAUGCUGUAUGUUUGUGAAUGAUGUGGUUCACAGAUAUAUCGGAGGCUACACACCACUGACGGGCUCAUUAGAUGUCGACCGUUCAAUUUAGCUUUACAGUCUAGGUUUUUGUGAUAUCAAUGCUUGAGCACAGGUGACUUAAUUACUACCUCAGUUAUUGUGAUUUAACCAUGUGUGCUGAAGACUGGAUAUCACUAAAACCUGCACUGUUAGUGUGCCUUGAGGACCCAACUGGUUACACACUAGUAUGCACCCACUACUAUAGAAAGAGUUCAAGCGCUGUCUCACAAAGGUACAACAAUACUAAAUCAAUAGGUGAGAAAUUGUCCCUAUCUCACCUAUUGAUUUAGGAUUAUUGUACAUUUGUGGGAGAGUGCUUGAACUGUUUCGAUACUUGAUAUGUGAUUGGGGUUCAUCCUACUGUGUUUCAGUCGCCUUUCCAGUGUGGGUCGCAGGUGAUUUAUUUAUUUCUAGUGUAUACCCAGUUGGUAUGGUUUGGGAAUGCUUGAUAUAUGGUACAGUAUAUUUGAUGGAUAAACUGUUAUGUGGAGGUUUUAAAUAUUUAUAUGUGUUAAUUUAUUUAAAAUGUUUCCAUUAAAAAUAAAAUAGAAAUUGAGAAAA